UGGUCGGUACUGCGGUCGGUCAUGGAGCAAGUCGGUCAACGACAACAGGAACUUAGUGUUUCGUUUGAUAUCACUUCAUUACGAUAAAAUAGCUUGAAUAAAACGACAUGCAUGUUGUCAGUUUCAAUAAAAAAUAAUCCAUUUAUUAUUAGCGCCCUCAAUUGAUUGCAAACGGCCAAGAACAACACUUUGGUCACCUGACAGCCUGAGCAGCGGCCCUCUCCCCCCGAACCGUCGUCAAAAGAAGGGUGUAAUCAAGCGAAGCUGACAAUUGUUUUGUGCUUUUACAAUCCAACACCUUCCCUAAAAUUUUUAGUAAAAUUAUCCAAUUUGCCCAGUAAAGAAACAAGACCAUUCGUGCAUCCACGUGAUUAGAGUAACAUGGCAGCCAUAACAAGAAAAGGGAAAGUUGGUGUCAUUGGCAGUGGUCUGAUUGGAAGGAGUUGGGCCUUGAUCUUUGUUGGCGCAGGUUACAAUGUCACCAUAUAUGACAUUGAACAAUCACAGUUGACCAAUGCCCUCACUGACAUUGAAAAGCAGUUAGAGGAACUAAAGAAGUCUGGUCUGUUAAGAGGCUCACUGUCUCCUGAGCAACAGAGGGCGCUAAUCAGUGUUACCAUGGAGAUGAAGGAUGCAGUCACUGGUGCCGUGCAUGUACAGGAAUGUGUGCCAGAGAAUGAAGAUCUUAAGAGGAAAGUCUUUAUGCAGAUGGAACAGUACGCUGAUGAUUCUACUGUCCUUUGUAGUUCUACAUCCUGUAUAGUGCCUUCUAAAUUCACUGAUCAACUCAAACGCCGCAACCAAUGCAUUGUGGCCCAUCCAUGUAACCCACCGUACUAUUGCCCUCUAGUGGAGAUCAUACCCAACCCUUGGACUGACCAGUCCAUUAUGUCACGUACCCGGUCACUACUAGAGGAAGUUGGUCAGGUUCCUGUGACGGUCAAGAGAGAGAUUGAUGGGUUUGCUUUGAACCGUAUGCAGUAUGCCCUCGUCAAUGAAGCCUGGAGGUUGGUUGCUGAUGGUGUGAUGUCAUCAGAAGAUGUGGACAAGGUUUUCACAGCUGGAUUGGGAAUGCGAUAUGCGUUCUGUGGACCAUUUGAAGUCAUUCACCUCAAUGCUGAGGGUACAUCCAGCUACAUGGAACGUUACGGUCCCACUAUCAACAGAGUCACUUCAUCAUUUGGACCACCUCCAACCUUCAAGGAAGAAGGCAGUCAUGCUAUUUUUGCAGAAAGUGCUGCAAGAUUUCCACUUGAUCAACUGCAGGAGAGACGUCAAUGGCGAGAUAGAAGACUGGUUGCCUUGGCUAAACUCAAACAUGACAUGAAUUCUAAAGAGUAACUUACAUUCAAAGUGUAGACACCCCAAAUGGGUUAUAAUUAGCAGCCAAUGCAAUGGGUGUAAGAUUUGAUUGAGAAAUGAUUCUACAUUUCUUUUAAUAUCAGGUUAAAAUAUAUUCAUGGUAUUUAACAAUGUUAAUAGUAAGGAAAGUCCAUUUAUUAUUUUAUUUUGAGAGUCUAACAAUCACCCGGGUAUUUCCCUUGUGAACAACAAUUGUUCAUUCUUUCAAGGAAGAAGGAAAUGAAUAAUAGUUAUAUUUUAAAGGUACUGACAAAAUCAUUGUUUCUUUGAAGAGGUGUGGCUCUGAGCUGAACCGAAUGGGUUGUUGCCAUCUUUUGAUCAAGUGGCUCUUUGUUUUUGGAAGUAUGCAAUUUUAAUAUGGAUUUAGCUCAUCUUUCAAGGCCUUUAUUUUUAAUCCAAGAUCAUUUAUUUUAGUUUUGCCAUUUACAUAAACUACCAAAUAAUAAUAAUUUGUGUCAUCACCUACCUCCAUGGUAUAACAUAAAAUCCACUAUAUUUGUUAUUUAUAGAUAAUAUAGAUUUAUUGUUCCAAAUUUAAACUGUUUAUGUAUAAAUGGUGCUUAAAUAAUU